UUCCAGUUUUCUUAGCAUACUUGCUCAGUGGUGCUCACCGCUCAGCGGUACUCGGUGCUCAGUGCAGUUGAGCUGUCAUUAUCGAAUGCAGUAAUAUUCGCCCACUGGCGCUUGACGCGUGUGCAUUCAAUAACUAGACAAGAUUUUAACUGGAAUUGUUAUUUGUUUUUUUAAUUAAUUUUUUUUACGUUCCAAUGGACGCGCAGCUAGCGCUGCUGCUGCUAUUGGCCAUGGUGUUAAUGGCUUCCGUUGCUCAGCGCUUUCCGGAAAACCCAUGCGCCCAGCAUUUCCAGUAUGUGCAGAUUGGCAUUGGCGCUUUUCAAGGCGAGGUGACGCUUGGCCUACCAAAUGGUCUCAAUCGAAUCGAUGUGCGAUUCUCGCAGCGUGGCACUCACGAUCAAUCUGCUGUUGGCGCUCUGCUGCCGUAUCCCGAUGAGGCCAAAGUCCAGGCUAAUCCGGCAGCCGCCAAGUUUCGAGUUAGCCUCUGGCCGGAUGCGUCUGGUGUGCUGCCCAAACUCACGAGAUUGCAACACAAUAAUCAGAUACUGUGCAGAGCCAGCGAGUAUAAUCCGCAGAGUUUCUUCAACCGUUUCUUCGAGCUUCCAAUCAAGGGAUCACAAUCGCCUCGUCGCCUGUUGCCCACGCCAGGCAUUCCCAAUUUUUCAGAGGGCUCGAGCGACGUGCAGAUUAAGACAGUAGUUCUUGAUGGCGCAGAAGGAUCGAUUUCUCGUAUUCUAGGCGACUUGGUGAAUGAGCAGUCGAUCACCGCAACUGAUUGGUCGCCCAGGUCACCGGCAAUAGUUGGCAUAACUUCAUCAGUGCCUCGUCAGAUCUGGCCUACACCACCAGCAGCAACAACUUCUCGUACUGCUCCUGCGCCUUGGGUACCAGUAGCGCCUACACCGUCUUUUCUUCCAAAUCGUAUUCGUGGAAAUCCUCCCCCUGGGGUAGCUUGGCCUUCGUUUGUCUGUGGCCAGGAAGGCACGGGGGUGCCCUAUAUUCAACGUGGCAUGGAGUUUCCACGCGGCCGAUAUCCCUGGCUGACAGCUGUGUAUCACAAAGAGUCCUUCUCGCUCGCCUUCAAAUGCGGUGGCUCGCUCAUCUCGACGAGCUUAGUCAUCACUGCGGCUCAUUGUGUCUACAAAAUAAGAGAGGAUCGCGUCUUGGUGGCCCUGGGACGUUAUGACCUGGACAAUUACAGCGAGGACGGUGCCGAAGUAAGAGACGCCAGUCGCAUCGUGAUGCAUCCAGAGUAUUCCUCGCGUCUUCAGCUACAGCCCGAUGCAGAUAUUGCGCUGAUCACAUUAGAUAGUCCAGUCAUCUUCAAUGACAUCAUCAGUCCCAUUUGCCUGUGGGAUCCAGCUAAGAGGGAUCCAGCCGAGCCAGAGAUCGGUUCCAUUGCCGGCUGGGGCACGGACGAGAACGGCAACUCAAUGACCCGUUUUCCGCGUGUCGUUAAUGCGAGGAUCGCCACUGUGAGCGAAUGCGCACGCCGUUGGAAGGUGCAGAAGAUUCUGGAUCGCACGCUCUGCGCUGGCAAUCUGGACGGCUCCGGACCGUGUCUCGGCGAUUCCGGCGGAGGCCUGAUGAUUAAGCGCAACAACCGCUGGCUGCUCCGCGGAAUUGUCUCGCUAGGCGAACGCAGUACGAUUGGCAAUUGCAAUAACAACAACCAGUAUGUCCUCUAUUGCGAUCUUGCCAAGCAUAUGCCCUGGAUUAACCAAUACAUAAUUCAUCAAGUAGUCAUUUAUAUGGAGAGUGUGUUGCUAUUAUCCGGCAUCUUGCUGUCACUGCAUGGACUCAUCUCGCCGAUAUCGGCUCAGCGUUUGCCGACUAUCGCUUGCCCGCAGUUCUUUGAGUAUUUAUCGUACAAUCAGCAGUUCAUAGGACACAUUGCAGUACGACACGACCCGCAAUACGAGAGCAACGAGCUCGUUGUGGAAUUCUCACAGUACGGCGCUUAUCAAUGGAGCUUUGUGGGAAGCUUGACACUAAUGGACAAUCCGGAGGUCACCAAAUUCCGUUUAGCUAAUGGCGAGCCCGUUAACUAUCGCGUCGACUUUCCCAUACCCGGCGAUCCGCCCAAAUUGACAAAAAUCACUCUCAAUAAUGAGGUGCUCUGCAGUGCAGCGCAGUAUCCACCACCAAAGACCGCAAUCAUACUUAGGCACUCACUGCUGUCCACAACGGUGCCGCUUGCUUUUCUGGACUCCAGGCGUGGCCAGAGCGGGUUCAUUCCGCAGUGGGACCUUGGGCCAUCCACUCCGGCUGCGAAGCUACCGGACUACACGAUACCGCAGAUUCAAGUGCCGGCGCCUAGAACAACUCCCAAGCCACGGCCCGUCGCACAGCAGCAAACAAAUUUGAACAGUAGAGUGAAUCCUACGCCCGUGCCCAUAGAUCAAACGCUGACGACUGUCUGCGGACGAGAGCGAGCAGUUACAACGCCACUCAUUUUUCAAGGCCAGCAGCUGCAGCGGGGCCAGCUACCCUGGUUGGUCGGUCUCUUCGAGCGCGGGACAGACAAUGGUCUGAUCUUCUUCUGUGGCGGCUCGCUUAUAUCCUCGAGGACGGUGCUCUCGGCGGCGCACUGCUUCCGCUUACCUGGUCGGGAUCUGCCUGCUGACCGCGCAGUCGUGUCUCUGGGACGCAACACCAUCGACAUCAUAUCGGAGGGUGAAUUGCGCGAGGUCUCAGAGCUACUCUUCCACGACGCAUACGAAGCCUUUAGCGCGAAUGCAGACAUGGUGCUCAUUAGACUAGCAAAGAAAGUCAUCUUCAACGAUUACAUUGUUCCCAUUUGCUUGUGGAACGAGAACUAUCCGCUGCAGCUGCCAGCAGGCUAUAAAAUGUAUGUAGCUGGCUGGGGAGCCGAUGAGAACGGGAAUGUCAACACGCAGUUCUCGAAAAUCACGGACACGAACGUCGUGAGCGAGUCUGACUGUCUGCGCGAGAGUGUGCGCUCCCUGGUGCAGCCGAACACGAUCUGUGCGAAGCGCGUGGGGGCCGGUCCAUGCGCCAGCGACGGAGGCGGCGGACUGAUGCUGAGAGAUAACAAUGUCUGGCUGCUGCGUGGAGUCAUCUCACUUGGCCUGCAAAAAAACAACACAUGUGAUCUCAACCGACCCUCCAUCUACACGGACAUUAUGGAACAGUUCUUGAUACUGUGCGGUAUCAUUAUAAAGCUGCUUCUUCUGCCUAGGCUCAGCUCGGCACAGCAAGUGCCGCCCAUAGCCUGCCCGGAAUACUUUGAGUAUCUGGCAUACAAUCAGGAAUACGUGGGUCGCAUUUCGAUACGACAUGAUCCACAGUAUCAGGAAAACACGCUCAGAGUUGAGUUCUCGCAGCCAGGAAGUCUAAGUUCGAAUUACGUCGGCAGCCUCACUCUGUGGGAUGACGAAGAGACAACCAAGUCUAACCUGCGCUAUGGACUUCCUAUAAAGUAUCGCGUGGAUUUUCCCACUCCCGGCGUGCUGCCUAAGCUUACAUUGAUGAUGAUCAACGAUGUUGUCCUAUGCCGGGCAUCGCCAUAUCCUCCGAGCAGUGUAACGCUGACUUUGUCACAUUCGCUACGCUCUACCUCAGUGCCGCUGUUCACCCAAGAUCCUCGAUUCGUCCAGCAAACAAAUCAGCGGCCACAAAGACCUAUUUGGGGACAAAGUGUGGUGCAAUCGCAACCACAGCGGGCCACAUUUAGUAGCCCACAAGUGCCCAUUCCGACACCAGUAGCACCACAAUUGCUGCCUGCUAAGGUUGCCCCUCGCCCCAGACCACCAGCACCCGCACCCGCACCAUCAACCACCGUUGGCGGACUUGCCCAGCUCUCUGAGAUCUGCGGCCGAGAAGGGCCGGUCACAUCGCCUCUACUUCACUUUGGCAGCCAGGUGCGUCGCGGCCAGCUGCCUUGGAUGGCCGCCCUGUAUGAGCGUGGUCCCGACGGUCUUCGCUUCUUCUGCGGCGGUACGCUCAUUUCGGCCUCUACGGUGCUGUCGGCGGCGCACUGUUUCGUUUACGCCGAGCGAAACUUACCGCCGAGCCGUGUCGGUGUUUCGCUGGGCCGCAACACAUUGGACUUGGUAUCGGACGGCCUGUUGGGUGAGGUAUCUGUGCUGAUGGUACACGAAGCAUACACGCCCAGAAACUACUCGAAUGCGGACAUAGCGCUGCUCAAGCUUUCGUCUCCAGUGAGCUUUGGCGAAUACAUCAAGCCCAUUUGCCUGUGGAAUGAGAAUUUUCGGUUGCAGCUGCCAUCUGGCUACAAGUCCUACGUGGCUGGUUGGGGAUCCGACGAGCAUGGAAACCCGAACACGCGCGUAGCCAAGAUGACCGAUACGGAUAUUAUCACAGAGGCCGAGUGCCUGCGCAGUCUGAGAUCCAGCGAGGGCAUCAGACUGGUCACGCAAAACACAAUUUGUGCGAGCAAUAAACAGGCGGCGGGACCCUGCAGCGGCGACUCCGGCGGCGGCCUCAUGCUCCAGGAGAACAAUAUCUGGCUGCUGCGCGGCGUCGUCUCGGCUGGCCAGGUGUUUACCAAUCGCUGCGAUUUGACGCAGCCCGUCAUCUAUACAGAUCUGGCGAGGCAUAUUAGUUGGCUGCGCCAGCACAUCUGGCUCUGACUCGACUCGUUUCUGUUUAGGCUUUAGUUAACUUGUGAUAAGUGGAAGAGAGAGAGAGAGAGAGAAUAUAGAGAGAGAGAUAGAUAUAUAUUUUCAAUUGGGUGUCUAAAUAAAUGCUAGCCUAAGUUAGAUGAAA